AUGGCGGGGCCGGACAAGGACUUGGAGAAACCUUGGCAAAAGGAACGGCGUAUGGUACAACAUGACAUUAAUAGAGGAAGCAAAUAUCCACCGUUCUCAAUUGAACAUAUGCCCCGUGAACGACAAAGGCUCGCUGGGGCUGGUAUGACAGAUGCUGACCGUGCAUUAAGACGUCAGUGGCUGAAGGAUCAAGAGCUGUCUCCACAUGAACCCAGGGAAAUACCUGAGUUGAAACCUAGAAACAUCGUUAAAAGAAUUUACGGCAAGCCGUGGGAUAUAUUCUUUGGGGCUCUUCGUCCAAUUGUGGGUAAUUACGGUGCAGCUGCAGGAAGGUUUUUGGUUCCGAAGACUUUGAUGUUCUUAGGCGGUAUCUGGGCCUUUUAUUACCAUCUCAAGUACAACGCCAAGACUUGGGAGAAGAAUGAAAGCUGGGAUAUAAUUACGAAUCGCGAUGAAAUGCUGUAUGAUCAACGCCUGCCACCAAAAGCACAUGAUGACUUUGUUGACAGAGGAUUCAAGUCACGAACAGCUCUGAGAGAUCUAAAAACCAGUGCUGCGUAGAAACUUUUGCAAAGACUGUAGUCAUAUUCCAGAUUCAAGAUGUGUGCACUUUUUUGACUUUAAUACCGACAAUUAUUCAGAGGUCUGGCCACACAGCUGAUCUGUCCACAUUAAUAGUGCUAAUGACAUUGCAGGAUACUUGACUGUGUGAAUUUGUUUAUGAUGUGAUUUGAAACUCUUCAAUUAAAAAUAAUAAUAAUAAUAAUAAAUUCAAUAUAGCCAAUUGUUUUGAAAUAUAGAUUGGAUUUUAUUUCCUUCUUAACAAAAGCUUUCUAGACCUUGCCUAACUGUCAAUCAAGAACAUGCAGUUGACCAAUCAUAAGCAGUGUUGUUGCAAAUAGGUUAACCGGAUGUCCCACACAUUGGUCACAAAUGUUCAAUCUUUGUGUGAUGUCACGUCGUCACAAUUGCUUUCACCAGGAAUGGAAUGAAAAGUUACAUUUUCACGAGGAGUUGGACAUCGGAUGUGUUGGAUCCAUCCAUUAGACAAAAAAAAUGAUACACUACAUCCAGUCCAGCAAUAUCACAUUAAGUUUAAAGAGAAGGGAAACAGUGAAAAGAACUAAAUGUCAGAUGUAAAACUGUUCAGCAUUGUAUGGUAAAAAAAGUCCAUUUAGGUGUCUGACUGAGUCAAAUCCUCUUAUACAAGAUUCUUUGUUAUCUGUUGGGAAACAUUAGGUAUCAGUUACAUCACACCCAUAUAUUUUAUGU